UCACAGGAGAAGCUUUUCUAGGAUGCAAAAGCUUUUACAACCUCAUCCUCAUUUCUAAAAGCUGUGUCUUCUCCACAAAAUUAAAAAAAAAAGAAAAAAAAAAAGAGUAAGCUUAGGAUGGCAUCAACAUCACAGCCUCUGCGAGGUAAAAGGGCAUGUAAAAAAAUAUUUUGGGCAGUAUUUCCUCAUGCCUGCUUCAUUCUGUCUCUUGUCAUCUAUGCUUUUCUUGGGGCUUUCAUGUUUUCCCACAUUGAAGGUAACCGGAAGGUCAAUUCAAGUGAAGAAUAUAGAAAAUUUCUGCAGAAUCUGUGGUACAUCUCCAGAAAUUUAUCAGAUAACAUGACAGAAAAUGAGGAGAUGUUUAAGCAAAAAAUCCAUAAAUUGCUCAGCGAAGCUGAACGAGACUGGUUUGUCAAUCCAAAAGAGAAAUGGACUUUUUUUGGGUCUCUCUUUUUCUGCUGCACAGUCUUCACAACCGUGGGUUAUGGUAACACCUACCCUGUGACACGGACUGGAAAAUACCUCUGUAUGUUGUAUGCUUUAUUUGGCAUCCCUCUGAUGUUCUUGGUCCUGACAGACAUGGGAGACAUCCUUGCAACUGUCUUAUCCAAAUCUUACAAUGAAUUCAGAAAACUACAGUCAAAAAUUCUAGCCUCUAAACUCUGUUCUGGAUCCACAUGUAACAAAGAGGUUGAGCUGAAACCCAGGGCGCAGUCUAAAGUAGUCAUCAGUGAGCCCUUGACUAUUAUGGAGGUGCUGAGAAGUCAGCCAGGUGUUAAAAGAAAGCCAAUCAAGUACCACAAUGCUGAAAUUUUUGAAAUGUUAAUUGCCAGAGAAAAUGAACACACAAAACUGACAAGAAAUAAAAGCAUUGAGAGAUGGAGUUCAUGUCCUGAACUAGCCAGGGGAAAGACAAUGUCCAGGGUAAUUGAGAAUUUUGACAAGAUAGGGAAACAGUUAGAAAAAUUAGAUGUGCCAAUUGUAUUAAUGGUGCUAGUUAUCUUUGUGUACAUCUCCUGUGCAGCUGCUAUUCUCCCACACUGGGAAACCAGGUUAGAUUUUCAGGAAGCUUUUUAUUUCUGCUUUAUCACCUUGACAACUAUUGGAUUUGGAGACACACAACUGGAACACCCCAAGUUUUUCUUGUUUUUUUCCCUCUAUAUUAUUAUUGGCAUGGAAAUUGUCUUCAUCGCUUUUAAGCUGGGCCAAGACCGCUUGAUUGCUUUGUAUAAAAAGGUCAUUUCAUUUUGUGGGGAGAAAAAGAUGCCAUCAAAGAAGAUAUAUCCAAAAUAAGAGCAAUCAUUUCUCCUUCGCUUGUAAGCACUGGCCACUGCAAUGAGAUUAAACUGCUCCUGUGCAUUUCUGACUUGGGCUGGCAGGAGGCAUAUUUUAUUCUGAUUUCCUCUGAGAAUCCACUGUAAAAUGGCUGAACACCUCAGGAGACACUUGGUGAAGGCAUCUCCAGGGAGUACUUCCCAACAAGGUCCCAUCUCCUAAAUAAAAGAAGAUGACACAUGAUGAAAAAGCAGAAGGCUCUCCCUGCCAGUGCUCCCUAGCACCUUUUGCAAAGCUCUGACUUUCAGCAGCCUUUCUGUCUUCUCUCCCACAGCAAGCCAGUUUAGGAUUUUUUAUUUUUUAUUUUUUCAGCAUUUGUCCAAGCAAGGUCCAGAUCACUGCCUUGUUCUACCUUGUCUGCAGCCAGGGACAGCUUGGCUGUGGCUGUUGGUACUGAACAGGGACAGCAUGCUACUGCAAUAUGAUACAUCAUCUGAGAGAGCUGAGGAGGAGGAGCAUGAACCCAGCUGCCCUUCCAUCAUGACUGCACGUAUUGCAAAAACAGCACCUUUGUGCAAGCCAAAGGAAUUUGAAAAUUAAAGGAAGGAACACCAAAUUGUCCCCUCUUUCUCUGUCCCCUGUCCAGAAAUCGGUCAGAUAUUUGUUCAUCUGUUCAGGGCUGAAGCCACUGCUUUCCCAUCAUGAUUUAUCAUAUCUGUACUCAGCCCAGAGUCGGUAUGCAUCUCAUCAUGCCCAGCUAGAGAAGUGCUUAUGACAAGUUCUGCUCUGGAGAUGGCCACCUGGGUGAAGGCACACAGUGACCCUGAAGCUGGGACACCAAUCCCACUCCUAACUCAUGUUUUGCUCUGCACAGACUGCUUGACUUCUUGGAGUUCCUUGAUGCACUCACAGAAAGAAAGGCCGACCUGUUUCACUGGGGUGUGGUGAGGAUCCUGUAUUUUUGGAGCACAUUAAUAUGUGAAUAACGCUGUUUCUUCAAGAUUUUGCUUAUAUUAUUCAUAAUCUAAUUCAAGCUAGCAGUGAUAAUUUUUUUCUGUCAAAAAACCCCCGUCUAUAAAAGAAACCACUGAGUUUAAUUAACCGCUUCUUAACUUGCAAAUGAUAUGCAUGCCCACUGGAUGUGGAUGACAUCUCUAGAUAUUAACGCAUGCUUGGUUAUGAUAGCUUGUCAUUAUUCUCCAUAGCAAAUUUGCCAUUUGAAGCUGAGAUUUUAUAUAGCAUCUUACCUCUGUUACACUCCAUGUACAUGGUAAUGUGUGUGCAGUCCUUAUUAACAAUUAGUUAUGAUUAAGCACUGAUGAUAUGCAAAAUAUAUAAUAAAUGAUGGUAUAUAGAAAAGUGUUUAAUGAGCAUAACAAUAAAGAA